AUAGAGGGAAAAGGGGGAGAUCGAUACAUAACAACCUGAACGAAGAUACAUACUGUACUACUAUGUAAACGCUUCGAUUCAGGGGGGGUUACACGGAUUUGAGCCAAUCGGAAAGCAUGCCUCCAAAUAACUAUAUGAUAAUAUCGAUAAAAUACCUACUAUCUACUAGGUAGGGUAGGUAUGUAACUAAACAGUGCUAGGUAUCUACCUAUGUACAUAUUGACGACAGCGUUAAUUACCGAGGUAAUGAAUAGGAAACUGCUUUUUAUCAACUCAUCAUUCAAAUGAGGAUGGGGAUUCUAACUCAUACCUAUCGAGGGCUUCGCCGAACACUCCCCAUUGCACAACUACAUAGUGCAAGAUCAUUUCAUGUUUCCACGUUGAAUGCGCGCAUCUUUCCCGCUCUAUUCGUCCGAGGCGGCACGUCUAAUGGCUUAAUCUUUCAACGUCAGCAUCUUCCACCCCAAGACCAAUGGCAUAUCAUAUUGCCGGCGGCUAUGGGAUCGCCAGAUUCCUACGGUCGACAGCUCAAUGGCAUGGGAGGGGGCAUAUCCUCGACCUCUAAGAUCUGCGUCCUGUCGCCUUCUACGCGCCCGGAUGCGGAUAUUGACUUCACUUUCGUCCAGGUUGGUAUAAAAGAUGGCGUCCUCGACCUCGCUGGAAAUUGCGGAAACAUGUCAUCUGCUGUGGGACCAGUCGCCUGGGACGAAGGGUUAGUCGCCGACCAAGCGUCAAAGGUCCGAGAUGUAGGCAAGGCAGCCAAUUACCGAGAAGCUCUUGUAAGGGUGUUUAAUACGAACACCUCCAAGAUCAUACAUUCGCGCUUUAGGGUAAGCGGUGACCCUCCUGUCUACUGCCACGAGGGAGAUUAUGAGAUGGAUGGCGUCCCUGGGAUGCAAUCGAGGAUUACUCUCAGCUUCCUAAAUCCUGCUGGCGCAAAGACAGGCAAAGCGCUACCGACUGGGAAUCCGGUUGACUUGUUGACGCUACCAGACGGGGAGCAGAUCAAGGCCUCCUUGGUAGAUGUGUCGAAUCCAGGAGUGUUUAUCCGGAUAGACGAAUUAGGGAUCAGUGAUGCGGACCCGGCCGCUUUUACCCCACAGGCGGUCGAGGCAGACCCAAAUCUGAAGGCCAGAUUAGAGUCCAUCCGUCAAGCUGGCGCGACGAUGAUGGGAUUAGAUCCAAAGACCGAAAGUGUGCCUAAAGUCGUUCUCCUGUUUCCGGAAUCGGGCUCAGAUGAUAUCGACAUCAGAUGUCUAGCAUUAUCGAUGGGACAGGCACAUAAGGCGGUGCCCCUGACUUUAGCUCUGUGUCUUGGGGCAGCGGCGAACAUGCCUGGGACUCUAGCGGCACAAGUUUGCAGCAAGACCCGAGGCAGUCGCGGAAGUGGCUCUGUCGUUAUUGGACAUCCGAGCGGAACCGUCGAGAUAGGAGCGACGAUCGAGGACGGUCAGAUCGUCUCAGCAGACCUGCUUCGCACUGCUAGAGUACUUAUGAAGGGCGAGGUUUAUUACUAACUGUGAAGAUUAUUGGGAAGCUUUUAACUACUAUCCUGUUGCCAAUAAUUUCUGCCCACCUAAGGUACGCCUUCUAAAAUGCACGCGGGAUUCAUAUCUUCGGCGGAAACUGCCAGUAUCCUAAAGUGAACUUGGACCUUCCAAAAGCCUUCACCUACGUACCUAGGUAUGUUUACCUACUA